AUGUGCGGUACUCGAAGGCCCAACGGCACCGACGCUGACCUUUCCGCAAUGGCACGCAACCUGUCCAUGCACGGCUCCGACAGGGACUCAUCGCCCGCAUCCAGCGACAGGCAUCCUUUCGAGCAAGACGGCGCCUCCCCCGGUACACCUCCUGCCACCCGAGCAGACGCCUCUCACUACUCCGAGACCGACGAGAAGCGGCUCCACGAAUCAGACGGUCAUUAUUGGGCCCACAGGCGUAUCUCGUCGUCCCACCACAGUUCACCUGCUGUCGAUAUCCCUACCCGGCUUCAAGGCUCUUUCACAGCCGACUCGCAGAACGAACUCGAGCCCACUUUCGCCUCCACCUCUCUGGCAGAGCGUUCUUCCGUCUUUUCCUCUGGCUCACUCAUCGACGACCGUCGUUCUAACGCAGAUCUCGACUUCUCCGGCGAUGGCAGCCACGUCCCACCUCCCAACGUCGCUACCAUCUUCCAUGACACUCAGCCCACUAACAACUCGCUGCCCAAACAUACCAGCUUGCAAGCAGCUCACGAUCAGGCUCACUUUGCUGCUUCCCCCGCAGAAGCGGCCGCAGCCGCAGCUGGUCUCGGCGCUGCUCCCCAUGCACCUCUACCACCUCGUCUCGAUGCUGAUCCGUCUCACUUGAGCGCCUCCAACGUUGCCGUCCACUCUGAACUCUCCGGCGAGCUCCGCGCCCUCUACACAAGUCUCCAGACCUGUCUCGAGCUCAGAGAUAAGUACAUGGGUGCCAGUCUUCAAGGCGACAUGCAAGACAACCCCAAGAACUGGGAUGCCGAGUAUUGCGCCCGUCACGCUUCUGCCAAUGCCGAAAAGCCUCCUAAAUCCAGCUCUGGUCCCGUUGCCGAAGGCUCCAUCAAGAUCGACGGCUCCUCCUGGGACGUCGAUGCAGGCAAACCCAAGCCGUGGCGCAUCUAUCCCGCACCUCCUCGUCCGCACUGGGAGCUCUUCAACCCUCCACCUGAAUCGUCCUUCGUGGUGCGUCCAACCUCUGUCAAUCCGCUCCCGCCACCCAUUCCACCUGCUAGCCCCGCCAACGCACAGGCAGCCCAGGCGCUUCUCGAAAGCACUGGCGGCAAGCCCGGCCUCUACCGUGAACAGGAUGUCAUCAUUCCUUCCAAACACAUCCGCAACAAAUCCGACGUCACUUGGGACAUGGACGAGACCGGUGUCAUCCAGGUCUACGAGGGCCAAGCUCCCGCGGCACUGGCCACUCCCACACAAAGCGUCGACGACGCAUCAUCGCCUGCUGCCACGUUCACAGGAUCCCGAAAGGAACCGCUCUUCAACAUCCCCACCAUCCGAGAAUACUUCAAGGAUCUCGACUACCUCCUUGGCGUCAUCUCUGAUGGUCCCGUCAAGAGCUUUGCUUGGCGUCGACUCAAGUACCUCGAGAGCAAAUGGAACCUUUACUUCCUCCUCAACGAGUACCGCGAACUCGCAGACAUGAAACGUGUCCCUCAUCGUGACUUUUACAAUGUGCGUAAGGUCGACACCCACAUCCACCACAGCGCUUCCAUGAAUCAAAAGCAUCUGCUCCGAUUCAUCAAGGCCAAAAUCAAGCGCUUCCCCGAUGACGUUGUCAUUCACCGUGACGGUAAGGAUUUGACGCUCCAGCAGGUGUUCGAAUCGCUCAAGCUCACCGCAUAUGAUCUCAGCAUAGACACGCUUGACAUGCACGCGCACCAAGACGCCUUCCAUCGCUUCGACAAGUUCAACCUCAAGUACAACCCUAUGGGCGAGUCACGUCUUCGUGAGAUUUUCCUCAAGACCGACAACUUGAUCAAGGGACGCUACCUUGCAGAACUCACCAAGGAAGUCAUGGCUGAUUUGGAGCAGAGCAAAUACCAGAUGGCCGAAUAUCGUGUCUCCAUCUACGGCCGCACCAGGGGCGAGUGGGACAAGCUGGCCAGCUGGGUGGUCGACAAUGGCCUUUUCAGCCCUAACGUCCGAUGGCUAAUCCAAGUACCGCGUCUCUACGAUGUGUACAAGGCGAACGGCACCGUCGACAACUUCGAGCAGAUCAUUCGAAACGUCUUUGAACCGCUGUUCGAAGUGACACAGAACCCCCAAAGUCACCCCAAGCUGCACGUUUUCCUUCAGCGUGUCGUCGGUUUCGAUCUGGUCGACGACGAGAGCAAGCCAGAGAGGCGAGUUCACAAGAAGUUCCCCGUCCCCAAACUUUGGGACUUCAAGGAUAGCCCACCGUACAACUACUGGCUCUACUACAUGUUCGCCAACAUCUCGAGUCUGAACCAGUGGCGAAAGCUUCGCGGUUUCAACACGUUUGUCCUUCGACCUCACGCAGGUGAAGCUGGAGACACCGACCACAUGGCUGCCACCUUUUUGACAUCGCAGUCCAUCUCUCACGGUAUUUUGCUGCGCAAAGUGCCCGCCUUGCAAUACCUCUACUACCUCAAGCAGAUCGGACUGGCCAUGUCGCCUCUGAGCAACAAUGCGCUGUUCUUGUCGUACGAACGCAAUCCGUUCCCCAACUUCCUCAAGCUCGGUAUGAAUGUUUCCAUCAGCACCGACGACCCGCUCCAGUUCCAUUUGUCCAAGGAACCGCUGUUGGAGGAGUACUCGGUGGCGACGCAGAUCUACAAGCUGACGCCGGCGGACAUGUGUGAGUUGGCACGCAACUCGGUGCUGCAGUCAGGGUGGGAGAUGGAGAUCAAGAGGCAUUGGUUGGGACCCAACUUCCAGGCGCCAGGUCCGAAGGGCAAUGUGGUGGCCAAGAGCAAUGUUCCGGAUAUCAGGUUGAGGUUUAGGGAGGAGACGCUGAGGGAGGAGCUGGAUUUGGUUUGGCAGAAUCAGGCCGCACCCGCAGCGUAUUGA